GGAAUGGAUUGGAUGUUCUUGUUAUCAGCCAUAUUUUCCCUUGCAACACGAAGAUAUUGUCCAGAACAAUUACGAUGCCCUGGAGAGACCGAUUGAAACGCAUGAAACAAGAAUGGGACCGCAUGGUGUCGGAACCCUUCGCCAGGGAGAGUUCGCAGCAGUGGUCAUCCCAACCUCCUGCGGUGGCCAACAGCCAUGUUUAUUGGAGACCCACGUUUCGACCCGAUGUUGCGGUUAGCUUGGAUUGGGAUGCAAAGAUUGGAAAUGGUUGGGACGGUUGGGGAAAUCAGGAGUUGGAGUACUACACAGCAGCUCCUGAGAACGCCUUUUAUACUCACGACGGCAAACUCGUGAUUCGCGCUAUCGCGAAUAACGCGUCACCCAACCCGGAGCAGCGAUACACCUCUGCCAGGCUAGUCAGCAGGCAGACACUUGGCCGUGACAAAGGGGUACUGACAGGCGUUAUCCUCGCUCCAUGUGCCGGCGGCAUCUGGCCCGCAUUCUGGCUCCUACCCCAGGAGCCGUUUUCCUGGCCUGUAGACGGCGAGAUAGACAUUGCUGAGACGUGGAACGGGGAUUGCGAGAACAGGUCAUGCUUCCACUGGGGAGACGAUCACGAGCCUCAGAAGCAUCGCGUGCUGGGGACCAAGAUCCCUGAUUUGCCGUCCCGGCCUGUGCGGUAUGACUUUGCUUGGGAUCAGGCUGGCCAGCAGCAGCAUGGCAGGAUGGUCUGGUAUAUCGACGGCAGGCCAGUUAUGAAGGCGACAACCGUGGAAGGCAUGCGGCCCCUUAGGGAGUUCACCAUCUUGCUAAACGUGGCAGUUGGGGGGAGUGUGUGCGGGGGCAAGACCCCAGCGCAUGGUUAUUACGACAUGAUCGUGCAUUCGCUCUUUUUGGCGAGCGAGCCUGAUUAUGGGGGCUGGGACAGAUUCGAGGCAGACUAUAAAAGUCAUAGAACGCCAUUUGGGAAUGGCUAUUCUUGAAGGCGAUGAUGUACUGUAAACUAAACCUAGGUAUAGUCCGGUGUGCAAACCCAGGAGAAGAGUUAGAGAUUAAGAGGGUUAUGAACCCCCAGUUAGUUCCCAGUACUUCUCCUGAGACUUGCUAUCAUCUCAAGAGAUACAUACGGCUGCCUCAAAAAGUCUACAUAUAGCAUAUUCAGAUAUGAAAACGGG